GCGAGAGAGAGGCAGGCAGAAGAGCUGAGGCAGCCAGCGAAGCAGCGACUGGGGAGCGGGAGGGCGCAGGGAGCAGAGCGGGGCCAGGGAGCAGCAAAGGCGGAGGGGGAAGGAAGGAAGGGCCUGCUCUUGGAGGGGAGGAGGAAGGAGAGGCCGCGGAGGGAUUGAGGGGGGAGGCAGGAAGAAGGCCGGCCGGCCUCCGCGCAGGCGCAGUCAGCGGGGCUGGGAGCCCCCUCCUGGGAGCCCCCGUCCCUCCCCAUCGCCAAAGGGGUCCUGACAGGAGAAGGGAGGCCGCCUCAGACUCCGCCGGCCGGGGGGGCGCCAUGUCCUCCCCCAGCCCUGGCAAGAGGCGGAUGGACACCGACGUGGUCAAGCUUAUUGAAAGUAAACACGAGGUCACAAUCCUAGGAGGACUCAAUGAAUUUGUAGUAAAGUUCUAUGGACCACAAGGAACCCCAUACGAAGGUGGCGUGUGGAAAGUAAGAGUGGACCUUCCCGACAAAUACCCCUUCAAAUCCCCAUCAAUAGGAUUCAUGAAUAAAAUUUUCCAUCCCAACAUUGAUGAAGCGUCAGGAACCGUAUGUCUAGAUGUAAUUAAUCAGACUUGGACAGCUCUUUAUGAUCUUACCAAUAUAUUUGAGUCGUUCCUGCCCCAGUUGCUGGCCUAUCCCAACCCCAUAGACCCCCUUAAUGGUGAUGCGGCAGCCAUGUACCUUCACCGACCAGAAGAAUACAAACAGAAAAUUAAAGAAUACAUUCAGAAAUAUGCAACAGAGGAAGCACUAAAAGAACAGGAAGAAGGCACCGGGGACAGCUCUUCAGAGAGCUCCAUGUCUGACUUUUCAGAGGAUGAGGCCCAGGAUAUGGAAUUGUAGUAAAAGAAGCACCCUGCUUUUCAGAGAGACUGACUUCCUAACCAUGCGCUGAGAAGCAGACUAUAAUAUUCAUAUUUAAACAAAAGCAAUUUUUUAUUACUAAAGGUUUUUAUGAAUAAUAGCAUUGAGAUAUAUAUACAUAUAUAUAUAUCACCCUUUAGAUCUUGAUUUCUUGGUCAUUUCUCAGAACCCAGAGUGCAUCGUAGCACAUUUCCCACAUUCCACAUGGUAGCAAUAUGAAGCCCAGAUGCGCAUGCAUGCAUCCCAUUAAUAAUUCCAUUUGAGCUGAGUCAACGUGUGGGCUACUGAACCAUCAGUCUAAACAGCUGCUUUGCUAGGGAGAGGGUCUGGAUGUCUCCUUUUCUUCUACUGCUUCUGUUUCUUUUUUUGAAAAAUUAAUGGUUCCAAAGACAGCAGGCACCCUUGGAUGCAAAAAACAAACAAACAAACAAGGAACAGCACUUUGAGAAUGUAAAAAAGAGAUGUGUUGGGGAUAAAUUGCUAGCAAGACGAGGCAAUGAAGUCAGCCUGCUCUGUCAUUUCAACUUGGCUGCUUGCACUUUGAAUGGCGUUUUAUUUAAAAAUGAAACGAACAAAAAAGAAAAGCCACCACCUGAAAGCACGGAGAUCUUUUGAAGUGUCAGAUUUUUACAAAGCGGCUUUUGGUUUGGUUUUGGGUUUUUUAAAAAAAGAAGUACAUUUUUUAUGGAUGUCCCGCCUGCCUCUAAAGACUGGUGAUGAUUAGUCUGCUUGGGGAAACCUCACGAAAGCUGAUGUCUGGGCCAUUAAGUCACCUUUACUGAUCUGGAUUCUCAAGUGAGAGAGAGGGAGGAAGCAAGCACUGUCCAAAAUUUGGCUUAACUUUCCUGGAAUCCGUGGAGUCCAACCCACUUUGCUUCCACCACCAAAGCCUCCAGCAUUAUUGAUAAGCCUUGUGCACCCAUGCUCACCCCUUGCUGUUUGCCGCAAACACCGUACGAGUGAUUUGCUUGUUCAAAGAGAGUCUCCAAGCCAGGUGGAUUUCUCCAGGCCCUUGUUGCUCAUGGAUGGUCUUGUUGACUCCUUUUGCCACUGAUCCUAACCUACUCCAUCGGCACGUGUGCUUGCUUACUUGCUUUUUAUUAAUCAGCAGGCCAGACAAUCUAGGAAAAUCCAGUCUAAUGGGCCAAGGAGGGAGAUUCCCUCCCCCCCAUUUAAAAGAGAGGAACUGAUCAGAGUUUUGGUUUCAGAGAUCCUUCUAAUUGGAAAUGUUUAAUUUUAUUUUUCUCCACUGGUGCAUUUUGAACAUACAAAGCCUCUCCCCACCCCCUGAAAAAUUAAUGGUUAAAGAACCAUAAAUGCCUACCUGGGACGUUGAUGAUACUUGAAUAUGGAUACUAGCAUGUUCGCCCAACAAGAUGGAUUUCCAAUCUGGAUGUUUCCUCUGCUGUCUUUGUAAAGGGUUUUUUUCAUCAGGAUGUGAGGAGCAAAGAGGCUUGGUGCUGCUUCUAAGGGGCAGCGCUUGGAAUUUAAACUUGGGCGAUGCAACAAAGAAUACUGAAUGUCAAUCUAAGCUCCAUAAAUUGUAUUUUCCCCUCAGUUUCUUCUUAAAACGCCGUCAGUAUGUAUAUGUUGGGUAGGGUGGGUUUGUCAGAAGGAGAGUGCAAUCCUAAAGCGUGAUCAGUUUGCUUUUCCCCCCCUUUUGGAAAGAUCUUCUGUAAGUAGGAUUUAACUUUGGCAUGAUUAUUUUUUCCUUUAAUAAAGCAAAAGCAUACCAAGUAUUUGAAUUAUGGGCAUGAAGCAAAAAAGCAAACAAAACCACACAACAAAACUGAACUUUACUUUUGCCAUUUUAAAACAAAAGGUUAUUUAGGGCUGAGCUAAAACUCUCUAUUCUAACAGCUACGGCUUGUUGGAAGGUAUAGUAUUAACUGUGGGACACGUAACGCGUACCAUAACUCUUAACCUAGCUCUUUUCUUGACUUUGAAGGAGGGCGGGCAGAGCCUUGUUUUGACACUCUGUUUGCCAUCUGCUUGGGCAAUGAUGACCUCUUAGGUGCUAUUUAGGUAUAGAUUUGAGUGCUGAGGUGGCAGUGGUGGUGAUGGUGGUACCAAUUUAAACAAGAAAUAAAUUGUAUUUUUUCAAUAUUGUAUAUAUACAAAUAUUAGUGUUCUAAUUCCCUUUUCUUUAUGCAGGUAAUGCCUUUCUUUUCUUUUUUUUUAAAAAGAUAAGCAAAAAUCUCAGUCCUGGUGAAGGAUCAGAUUUUAACCAUUCAUGACACACAUCUCUUCGCUCGUAAGCGAGCAUCCAUUUCUUUUUAAUUUCCCCUGACAAAAUAGCCCUGGUUUUAGUUAAGUAUAAGUAUGCAAAAGAUUCCCAACACACAUAUGCUGGAGGUACAAAAUGGAGUCCUCAAAAAUGCAACCCUGACUUUACCUCUCCUCUUUUCUCCCUUCCAUUGCCCUGGUGUUUAAAAUUCAGAAGAGGGGGAAUAGCCGUCCUCUCACAUAUGGCAGCAUCCUUCUCUUCAACGGGGACAGAUGUUAACCCAAACAGUGCCUUAGUGAGCUCUUGGCACAUGGUUGCAGAGAUCUCUGGCAUUGUACUGACUUCCAAAGUGAUCCUGGCAAGCCACAGAGGUUGGCCAGAUGCCCAUCGUUUAAUAGAAGGGAUUGACUUUGAAAGAGGGCCAUUCUUAUGGAACUAUCUCAGAGGCACUGAAGUAGCCUGGACCAGCUUAUGGCUUCCUCGUCCUCCCUGCUUCCCCCCACCAUCCCUUUUUCCCUCGGUUUGCUGAGAUCUCCUUUUCUUUGGUUGCUGCCUUUCCACCACAUGGGCUCUUUUAACUGCUAGUCCAUUUGACUUUCUUCUGAAUUGCUCAUGUUCCUUUUCAAAGCACCUUCCCGCUCUGGUCUCUUCAAAGCUACGCACACCCUGUUGCUAAGUUAACAAAAACUCCAGUCCAAACGGAGCAGUCCCACAGGCUGUAAAUGGUAUCUUGAGUUCACACACAUGAUCUUCCCCCACAUUAUUCUUUGGCAAACUACAUCACUAGUAACCUUCUGUGUUGUUUUUGGCCCUCAGUCUGUUCCUCUUAAUCAGAAUGCCUUCUAGGCCUCUGCAGAGUUUUUCCUUGACUCAUUUUUUUAAUUCCAGUAUUUCCCUCUCCUUCCAAUCUCCCAUCUGUUUGACCUUCCAUUAGCAGUUCUUGUCAUGUCUUAAGUUAGUAGAUUUAAAAAAGGUGGAAGGAGCCUGAGUAGUCUUUUAAGACAGAGACGGAGCGGUUGGAGCAUCCUUUGAGUUUUGUUCCAGUUGACUCUGAAAAUGGUGGGUGGUAGAGACAGGUGCGAGAUGCCUUCUCUCUGCUCUGCUGCUGCAAGUUUAGGUUGGCAAGAUGAAUCUGUAAAAACCAAGCGUUCCAGGACUCCUUCUGUGUAAUCUCUUGUAUUUGUGGUUAGUGGAUGUUUUCCUACCUCUUGCUGGGGGCAGGAUGGGGGCGGGUGGGCAGGAACUCGUGCCAAGAAGGUAGAUCCCAAAGUGCGUAAGAGAUGAGAAAUGCUUUAACUUUUAGGGGGCGAUGCAAGCUUUCUUCAGCUCGACUUAAGAACGGACAGCGGCAGAAGUAUUUAAUCCGGGAAUGUCCAGAGACGACUCCUGCUAUCCCAUCUUAUCUCACCAUUGCAGGAGUCGGGAUCUGGGAAUGCUGGUUUUAUAAAUAUAUAAAUAUAUAUCUAACAUAUUUUUCUCUCUUGCUUCCUCUUGCUCGUCUUGAGUUGUGCCAGCACUUUGAAGCAGGAGUCUGUGCCGCAUGAGAAAUGGCCAUUUUUUUCCUUUUUCUUUUUGAAGUUUUAUUUUACUGACUGUAUUUGGUACAUAUUGUGUGAAUACUUGAAGAGAUAAAACACCGGGCAUCUCGCCCUUCCAUUUGAGUCUGAACUGCCCCCCACCCGCCCCAUCGCCGCCUCCUCUCUCUCUCUCUCUCCCACCCUCCCUUGCCCUCCCUUGCCCACCUUUUCCUCUUUGCAUUGUGAUGAUGUAGUGGGCAUGCCUGAUGCCACGGCAAAUGCCUCUUCUAAGAAUUAUAACCUCUCUCAAAUAGUUGUGUAUAAUUAAAGAAACUGUAAACUUUUUUAAAAAUAAAAUAUGUAUAUACCUUG